GCUGCUAAUUUCCUUAGUGGCUGGUAAUUUGAGCCUGGUCUGCUGUCAGUAUAUCGUGUGCGAAGUAUGUUGAUGCAAGCGCAAAGAAUAAUUACUCUUUCCCCGAAAACACGAGGGUGUCAUCUGAUUACUGAUGAAAUAACUGAACAGUUAUCUGAAAUGCGCAGUAUAUUUACGGGUAUUUUACAUGUUCACGUGACAGACACAUGUGCAAGUUUGACUGUGGGUGAGAAUUUUGAUCCAGGUUUGAGAGCAGACACUGAAAUGAUGCUGAACAGCAUUGUCCCAGAUGGAGCUGGAUAUCGAAACACAUUUCUAGGUCCAGAUUAUACGCCUGCACAUAUAAAAGCUGUCCUAAUAGGAAAUAGUGUGAGUGUGCCCAUCACAAAUGGAAAACUCAAUCUAGGCUCUUGGCAGGGAAUCUGGCUGUGUGAACACAGGAACCACGCAGAUGGACGAAAAUUGGUGCUGACAAUUCAAGGAGAUUAAAUUGUACUGUGUUACUGAAGACCUUAAUUUGACACUUAAAACACUAGGGUUUUUUAACAUGCUGGAAUGUCAUUGAGCAGUCAUUCAUUGAAAGCGUUGAAAAGUGUAAUGUUUUUAUUGUUUUAUAAUGAUAACUAAUUUUAUCACACCAGGAAUCGAGAUGGAAGGCAUUAUGGGUGAUCUAUUCUAAUUCCAUAUACUCUGACUCUCUCUUGUGGGAAGAAUGAUGGAAAUACAUUGUGAAAAGGUUUCAGGCCUUCUCAUUUUGACCGAAUAUCUCUAUCGUUUUUGUCCGAAUUUUGAGGAUUUGCUCUAACACGGGAGGGGACAGUGUUCUCGCCCCCGUGUAUCGUAUCGUUAUCCCUCUCUCUCUUUGUCUCUCUUUGUCUCUCUCUCUCUCUCUCUCUCUCUCUCUCUCUCUCUCUCUCUCUCUCUCUCUCUCUCUCUCUCUCUCUCUCUCUCUCUCUCUUCUUCACCAAUGACAGUCCUUUCAUCUCCUUACCUCCUCUCUAUAUAGAAACAUACUCAAUCUCCUGUGAGGUCAACAAGAAUUGUUUUAAAUUAUUAAGGAAUUAGAUGCAGCACGUGUCUGUAUAUUAAAAUCUGUCUCUCAGAAA